AAUACCCUUUUCGUGUAUCUAAAUUAGCGGUGCGAUUCUAUUUUAAGGUUAUCGGAGUUAAGUUUACACAUGUCGCCAAUAGUGACGUGAAUGAGUAAUCAUUUUAGUGACUUCCUGUAUAUUAAUAACUCUGUUCAGGUUCAUAAAAACGUACACAUGUUUACAAUAAAAAUGUGGAUUAUGUGAAACUUAUAAAGAUCUUAUGAAUAAAUAGUUCGACCUUAUUAUAAAAUGAAUCUAUUUAUAGUAAUUAUUGGGAAAUUCACAUUCUAUUUAUAUGCAGAUUUUGGGUUACCGGAUUAAGACUGAUAAGCAUGAAGAAAAUAUCGUUAAGUAGAAAUCGUAGUAUAAAUGUGGUAGUCGAAUAGAUAUAUUAUACCUCUAUAUUGUGUUGUAUGUUGAACACUAUCAUAUUACAAGCCGGUUAUUUGUAUGAUAAAUACAUACGAGCAAGGUUUAAAACUUAAGACUUAAAACAGGAUUUCUUAAGCGUGAUUUUAUCUGUGACUCAGCAAAUACGCAGUAGACUAAAAUAUUUGAAUCAUUAGUCAGGGAGAUAUAUAUGCAUUAUUAUGGAUAUUAUUAGUGUUCGCGCCAUAUUUAUUUAAUAUUUAGUUGAUUAACAUAUACACAUUCCGUUGUUAUUAUUUUCAGAACAGUGGCUUUUUUAAUGUGUCGAGUUAAUGUCGGGUUGUUUAAAUGAACCCCGUGAAUUUAUGUUUUGAGUAAACGAGUGUUCAUAUGUAGGUAUCUAAAUAUCGGUAUUAUAGAGGAAAUGUCGACUGCAAAAUCUAGCAAACCUUUACCGUCUUGUGAUAUAUGUGGAAAAACAUUUCAUAGCACUAAUAGUGUGACCCUACAUAAACGUAUUCAUUCGAGAGGACAAAGACACAAAUGCGAGCACUGUCACAAGACAUUUAUAUAUCAAGGAACUUUAGACACUCAUAUUAGAUAUACACAUAACAAAGGAGGGGACGGAAUUCUACUUUUCCGGUGUAGUUAUUGUGAGAGGAGAUUCGACACGAAAAAUGGUUUAAGAGUUCAUAUAAGUAUGAGCCACUAUGACUUUAAACGUUUUAAGUGUGAGAAAUGUGGAGAACGUUUUAAGACAUCACAGAAUCUCACCUACCAUAUGUAUUCUCAUGGGGCUAAAAGACCUGCAUACGAAUGUCGUUUAUGCCAUGCCAAGAUGGCCACAGUAAAAUCCUAUAUGAACCAUAUGGCGUUACACAAUGAUGGGGUUUUCACGUGCAAAAUUUGCAAAAAAACGUUCGAUGAUAAAAGUAAACAUGCAAGCCAUUGUAUAACGCAUAAAAAACACAAAUGUUUGUUUUGUCAAAGAAUAUUUAAUUCAAAACAAAUUAUGGUUAUACAUAUUAAAGAAAGUCACCAGAGAGACAUAAUUAAACAUUUGACUUGUACAGAAUGCGGUGAUAAUUUCGAUGACGAGACCCGUCUUUGCUCGCACAUGAUAAACACACAUUGGAAAGAAGGAAAAUAUGAUGAUCAUGUGAACAAAUCAGACAAAUGUCGGUUUACUUGUGACACUUGUGGAGAUUCAUUUGCGACUAGGUUUAUCUUGAAGCAUCAUAUAAAUGAUAAACACUUUGACGGUGCUUUGCUCGACAGUGAAGAACGAGAAAAAUGUCAAAGACCUAAAACAAAAGGCAUGGUAAAUAUGAGGAAAAAUACACCGUUAAAUCUUAGAAUAUUGCAGGACUUUGAGGUUGCUACUGCUAUGUUAAAACCAAGCAUGCUCGAUCCGGAGAAUAACGUGAACUAUUAUGUAUGCGAAGUAUGUUUGACUACUUAUGCGUAUAAGUUAAGUUUUAUCCACCAUAUUAAGUACGCUGCUUCCAAACAUGCUAUCUAUUUGAGAAAGAAAACAUCUAGCGAAUCAGAUGCUAAAGUUACGUUGACAGAGAUACUAAACACUUCGUUUAAAAGUUCAGAUCCCUCAAGCGAACCUAUUAAGCAGAAAACGGAUCUUGAAUCUGAAAAACGUGAAGAUGAUAAUGCACAAAGUAUUCACUUGCAACCACAACAACAAUUACAAAAUGAAGGUCAGACUCAUGAAACACAUACGUGUGAUGAAGUGUGUAAGGUAACUGAUGUAAGGUCAAUAAAAAAUGAUUUCAGUCUUGAUACAUCAUCAACGGAUAUUGUUAAACCAACAAUGAUGAACAAUACUACUGAUGAAAAAGCAGAUGAACAUUCCAAUAGUGAUGAAAAACAGACUCAUUUAAAUAAAGAUGAUUUAGAUGCAGAUGAUAUGCAACCGUUAUAUACUGCUCGUCCUCUAUUACCCGAGGAAUACAUAUCCACAGGUUUAGAAAAUUACCGAGGCAUGCUGAAUGAACAAGAUAAUACAGAGAAUGUAACCGACGACCGUGUUACAAAUGAUUCAAGUGAAGGAGGUAAUGAUACGCAUUCUUAUGAAAACUCCUCUGAGGCAAUCAUGACAAAUGAAAAUGGAGAAAUAGCAGAUACCCAAGCAUAUACUUUUACACCUGACGAUGUAAAUUGUUCUGGAAAGCAAGCAGAUAUGAAAACUAAUGAAACAACAAUGCUUACAUCCCAAAUAAUACCCUUUCAAAAUCAAAGUUUUAAAGUUCCUCAUCGUUGUACCAUACCACAAGAUGUCAGUGCCGACUUAUCACCGCCUUCGUCUGCCUCAGAAGUAAGCAAUUCCAAACAGUAUGGAACAAUCAGACAAUUGCCCAGUGACUUUCAGAAUUGUUUACAAUGUUGCCUUUGUAAUGGAGAAUUUUGUAUCAACUGUUCAGGGUUGCCUAUAGAUACUUACAAAGUGUUAUUGAGGUGCAAAGAAGAAUGUCACUCCGGUCUUUUUUGGACAUGUGAUAAAUGCCAAGGAUUAGUUCCAAAGUUAUCCGUUAUGCUCUCUACUCUCGAAAGUUUUGAUCUACAUAUCAACAGCCGUUUGAAAAAAAUGGAAGAAACACUAACUGUUGUAAAACAAAAGUAUGGAACAAAUCAGUAGAAUACUAUAGUUUAUAUUUCUCUCAUGUAGUAGACUAUGCUAGUUACAUUUUUCUGUAUUUUUGAUAAAUCGCAUUUCGAGAUAUCAUGUACAGGAAAACAAAUGACACUUAAGAAGUAGAAAUGUUUGUUAUUGAAGAUUUGCAACGUUAUGUUUAGGAAAUAGACAUCAAUUUUGAGAGCAUGGUUGUAGAAUAAUUCACGAUGAUUCAAGUUCAAUUGCGUAGGAAUAUUACCACGAAAAAAUAAUUUCAUUUCCAUUCAAACAUGCUUAUAAAAGAGAUUCUGAGAUAAUGUUUAACUACAUUCAGAGUAGAAGUUAUUAUCAUUUGAUUUAUUGACGUCAUUUGUGACGUCUUAUUGCGUGUUAGCAUUCCCUUUUUAUGUUGUACACAUAUGAUUAUCAUGUAAUAAUGCACUUAGUUUCCAUAUCUGUUCGAUAGGAGAAAAGCGUGAAGCGUGUUAGAAUAUCACGUUUCUCACCAACGUCAGUUUUACCUUGUUGUAGAAUUAAAGACGUUUUCCGGAGUUUUCAUAUAGACGUUAAGGCAAAAUUAAAACUGUUCAACAUGCAAAGUUUAAAGAAAUUCUAUAGAACAGUUUUAAUUUUGCCUAUAUGUUUAUAUGAAAACUCGCCAAAACGUCCUUAAAUAUGCUCAAGGAUCAGUACAUGUACAUGUACAUAGUAUUAUAAAUAGUUUAAUCACAUAAGUGUUGAAACACUUGUAAAUAUAUCUGUAUAUAUUGUGUUUACAUGUCCACCAACACUUGUUAUAACGCGACCUUUCCGGUAUAUAAAUGGUUAGUCACGGACCACUUCAUCACUUUCAAUAUUAACAUCAUUUUGUGUAUUGUAAACUCUUACACAUGGGUAAUUCCAAUUAUACAUUAUAAUAUGAUGAUAAUUAUAUGUGUGAACUAAUUUUAGUAACUUCACUUUUAGUAAAGAACGGUAUAAAAGGUCGCUUAUUUAGAAUUUUUUAUUUCUCAAACUUGAUUUUUACUUAGGUCAUAUGCAUGUAGUGACUAUUGAUUAAAAUGGCAGUUUGUUUGUAAAAAAUAGUUGUUUUAUUUGACAGAAAACUCGCCCUCGUGUCUAAUUCCAUAUGAGGUAUCUUGCGGGAUCAUAGUUACACUUGGCCAUGCUAGUAUUCUCUAUAAAAACUGACAAUUUAUAUAUGAUUAUUAUUCGUUAAUCUUCAUUAGAUUCAAAAAUCAAGAACUGAUAUAUUUUGACCUGUUAAUAUUGAUUUAUCUCCAUUUCUAAAAUGAUAUUUCAUACAUCUUGUUUCUUUUGUUGUUUGUAAUUUAACAAUUCUGUGUACAUAGAGUUAAAAGUAUAAGGGACAUUACUCGUCAACUGUCUAUUCAUAAUGAACACAAAGGUUGUCCUUUCAAAAUGCGGUUGAUUUAUGCGAAAUAUGUAAACUUUAUCAUUGAGCCUAUAAUGCCAGAUACAUAACUCUACAAAUUACUAGCUUGAUUUAUUUUAUUGUUUCCUGUACAUCUCAGUUAGAUCUCCUGAUGAACUAACUUUACUUAUAUUUUUACAUUUUUAUUUGACAAAACAAUGUCGGACUUGUUUAACAUGUGUUAAUAUGAUAAAGAUAAUGAAUCAACCUAAUUGUUCUUUAAAAAUAAAGUUUCUAAAGUGAUAGAUUAAUUGAUUGCAAUUUUUUUAUAUAAAUAUGACAUGAAAUACAAACAUUGUAAAGCUUUAAACUACUACGGAAAGCUAUUGUGUCUACAGUCAUCUAGAUA